CCACGCGGCUCCAGCGCUCCAGCGUCAUCAUGUCUCUUUCCCGUCACCGCUCGUCCUCUCUGAGACAGUCGUCUACUGAGCGUACGCCCACAGCCCCCGGGGGGCGGUUCGGUUCUGCUGCUACCACUGGUAGCGUAGGUACCACCUUCACCCGUGGUGUGUUUGUGGCUUCAGGCCUGCCGGUGGGUGGAGUCUCCAGUCUGGGAACACGGGUCUCCCGGCGUGCUCUGGGCAUCAGCAGCGUGUUCCUGCAGGGCACGCGCAGCAGCACCACCCCGGUUCUGACCCGGAACAGAGACCAGGCUGUGGGUCAUGGAACUGCCGUCGGACUGAACAGCUGCCUGAUGGAGUACAGCGACAAAGUGAGGGCACUAGAGAGUCUGAACCAAGAGCUGCAGGACCGGAUCCGACUGAGUCUGGAUCACAAGACUGACAGAGCCACAACCUGGGGACAAAAGAGGACAGAGUGGAAAGACGUCUACCGACAGGUCAGUGAAGCCAUCCUGAAGAACGCCCAUCUGAUGAUGCAGACAGAGAAUGUCCAGGCCACUGCUGAGGACUUUAAAGAGAGGUACGAGAACGAACAGCCGUUCAGGAAGGAGGUGGAGGAGGAGAUCAGCUCUCUGUACAAGGUCAUUGAUGACGCCAACCUGAUGAAGGCUGAGCUCCAGGAGCAGAUGGAGAACAUGAGGGAGGAGCUACAACAACAGGAGCAAAACCACAAGCAGGAUGUUCGUAUCCUCUAUAGUCAGAUGUCGGGACAUGAGGUGGACCAACCUGACGCUCCCAUCAAGACCAGUCUGGACCAGAUCCUGGUUCACAUCCGGAACCACUGGGAGAAGAUGACAGAACGUCAGCGAACCGAGACCAGAGACUACCAGCUGUGUCAGGAGGCGGAGUCAGUGACCAGCAGACUCAGUCCUGUGGAGCAGCAGCUAGAGACAUUGAAGGCUGAAUGUCAUGACACUGGCUGUAAGAUCCAGAGUCUGCAGGCGGAGACUGAGUCCGUCAGAGCACUGAAACGUGGCCUGGAGAACUCGCUCAGUGACACUCGCCACUGGCACGAUAUGGAGCUGCAGAACCUGGGCUCAGUGGUGGCCAAGCUGGAGGUAGAGCUUGCUGAAGUGCACGGAGAGAUCGAACAGCAGCGCCGCGACUAUGACACGUUGGUAAACAACAAGCAACAUCUGGAGCAAGCCAUCGGGAUUUACCACAACAUAAUGGAUGGGGAGGAGAACUGCUUCCAUGAGGCACCGUGUUCAUGACGAUGAAGUGGCUCCAGACUUUAGGACUGAUGCUUCACCAGAGGUGGUCACAUGACUGUGAUUGUGUUCCUGCUGUUUAAAUAUUCAAUAAAGUUAACGGUGCACUGCAAA